AAAAUUUUUUUCUUUGAAGAAAAUGAAUAAUUUCUUGAAGAUACUGAUUAUUUUUCUAAUAUUCAGAAAAAUAAGAUCGAUUGAUGAUAAAAGUAGAAAUCCAACAGUGUGCCAUAGUACGGUUACAACAAGUGAUUUUUUAAAAUUUUUAUGCUACAUUCCUUCGAGUAAUAAUAAUCCAACAGGAUUAAUUCCACAUUAUUACAGUAUCGAUUUAAAGACAACUAGUAAAAAAUUAGAAUGCUUCGGUUCACCAAAUUGGGAGGAAUUUAAUAUUGAUAUAAGAAAUUCUUUUAAGCAACCAAAAAUGUUAACCAUCAAAAAUUGUUAUUUUCAUCAGAAUACAGUAUUAGAAAAUAUUGCCAAAUCAAUUGGCGCUGAAGAAACUGAAGAAAUUUAUUUAAAAAUGUUUAAUGAUAAAGAAAUAAUACUCAAUGAUGAAAUAUUUCGUGGUUUUUUGAAUUUAAAAAAUUUAUACAUAUUAAAUAGUUUUAAAUUAAAAAAUCUCACUGAUAAUACAUUGAAAUAUUUUCAACGUCUCGAGGGUGUUUAUAUUUACAAUGACAGUCUAGAGGAAUUGCCGGAAAAUAUUUUCCAAACACAGAAAAAUUUAAAAGUCAUUGAAUUGGCUAAAAAUUCAUUGAAUAUCAUUAAACCAAAUACAUUUCGUAAUUUAAAAAAAUUGAGAGUUAUAAAUUUAAUCAGAAAUAAUAUUGAAACUAUUGAUUUGAAUGCAUUGCAAGAUUUAGUAAAUUUAGAGAAAUUAAUUCUUGCUGAAAAUAAUUUAAAAACAUUGCCACUGUUUGAUAAAUUGGAAAAACUCAGAGAAUUGAAUGUUGCUGGCAAUAAAUUGGAAAAUAUUGCUGAAGACACAUUUAAAGGACUAGAGAGUCUUCGUGUUUUGAAUUUAAAGAAUAAUUUCUUUAAAACAUUUCAUGAUAGUAUUUUUCAUUGUUUGACUAAAUUAGAAGUAUUGAAUCUGAAUAGUAAUCAAUUGACAACAAUUUCCAAAUCAUUGAUAAAAAUAGACAGUCUGCAAGCAUUAAAAGUAGCCAAUAAUUCAUUAACAACAAUUGAAAAUGGCGCUUUUGAUGGUGCUAAAAAUUUAAUAAACAUUACAUUGGCACAAAAUGAAUUGAAUUUCACCGAUGCAAAUGCAUUUCAAAUUUUCUCAAAAUGUCCAAAUUUGAAAGAUUUGAAUCUUUCUUUUAAUAAUUUCAGUGAAUUUCACAAUGAAUGGAUUUCAAUGUCGAAUAAUUAUAACUUAGGUGUUUUGAAUCUUAGUUAUAACUUCAUAUCAAGUUUUGUUGUACCGGAAGUAUUUAACAACGAUGUUCCCCUUUUUAUUGACAUACAAUACAACAGUAUAACCAAUUUAGUGCUUGAUUUAAUUCAAAAUGAGAAAUUUAAUUUGAAAAAUAAUGUAACAUUGGACAUAAGGAAGAAUCGUAUUGUCUGUGACUGUAAAUUUUAUCCUCUAUUAAAGCACAUAAAUGGCGAAUUAAUUGAGCCAAAAAUGAACACAUUGAACGUUGAAGUGUCAAAUUUAAAAUGCUACAGUCCAAGAGACUAUAGAGGGACAUUAUUGUCUGAUAUAAAAAUUGAUGAAUUCAGUUGUGAUUUUAAGAAAUCUUCUGAAUUUCCAUCCGACUGUGAUGUUGAUUGUCCAAUGAAAUUGAACAUAAUGAAAAAUCUACUUACUUAUCAUUGUGAAAAUAAACGUUUAACGAAAGCACCGGCAGUUUUAUGCUCAACACCAAAUUAUCAGAUAGAAAUGAAUUUGAAUAAUAAUUAUAUAUCAUCAUACAAUCCAUUAAUUGGACCAAGUUAUGAAAAUGUUACAAAUCUAUUGUUGGCUAAAAAUAGAGUGACAUUUUUCAGCAGUAAAAUAUUGUUCUUACACAAAAAUAUCAAGGUUAUCGAUUUGAGCAAUAAUCUCAUAAACAGUAUAAAUUAUCAUGACGCUUAUAUAAUAGUUACAAAAUUAAAUAGCAUUAAACUUAGUAGAAAUCCAUUAAUUUGUGGCAUGCAAUAUUAUAAUUUACGGAAAUAUCAAAAUAUUAUUGUGGAUUAUCCCCAAAUGAAAUGUACGCAAAGAGCAGAUUGGGAGAAGCAAUGGAUAGCGUUACAUCUUAGAAAUAAAUAUUCCAUCUGUGAAUUUCCUAUAGAGAAAGUGUAUGAAAUUUGGGGUCAAAAUUGUAGAGCGCCUGAUAAUCGAACUCACCUUGGAACUUUAUUAAAUCGAGCUGCUGUUUAUACUUAUCCAGAACAAACAUCUAAACGCACACUACGUCCUGGACAAGUUCAAAUUACUCAAUGGGAAAAAUUUGAUAAUUAUGAAUAAUUUUUUUUUUUUGAAAAUUGUCCAUUUUUUGGUGA